ACACCAAAGAAAACAAAGAUACUGAAAAAAAUAAAGUUGCUGAAGGAAACGAAGAUACCAAAGAGAAUUACGCCAAAGGAAAUGAGGAUGCUGAAGAAAACAAAAAUACUAAAGAGAAUGAAAACACUGAAGAAAAAUAA